AUGUCGCCGUCCAGUCAAAAGCUCGAUGCGAACUGGCAGUUCUCGCAGGUCGUCUCGGCACCGCAUUUCGGGAACGUCAAGGAGGAAUGGCUUGACUGCGCCAUUCCGACCUCGGUUCACGUAGAGCUCAAGAAGGCGGGAAGGAUCCCUGACCCCUUCAAGGGACUCGCUGAGUGGGAUGUACAAUGGAUCCAGGAGGCCGAGUGGGACUUCAGAACAACCUUCGAGGUGACCUCGGCUCAGCUGGAUGAGAAGUGCGCAGAUCUUGUCUGUGAAGGGCUGGAUACCUACUGCGAUAUCAUCCUCAAUGGAACGACGAUCGCAUCGACCGAGAAUAUGUUCAUCGCGCACAGGAUCGCUUGCAAGGACCACCUCAAGGAAGGCGAGAACAAGCUGGUCCUUCACUUCCGCAGCGCGUGGUACGAGGCUAAGAAAGAGGAAAGCGAGAACGGGGGUCCCCGCACUCUUUGGAAUGGCGCGUCAAACAGACUGUACUCGCGGAAAGCGCAGUACGGAUGGGGUUGGGAUUGGGGACCGGUGAUGAUGACCGUCGGUCCUUGGCGCCCUAUCUCCCUCGACACCUAUACAUAUCGCUUCGAAGAUGUGCGGGUCGACACGGACCUCCUUGGUCCUGACUACAAGAUCGGAACAUUGAAGGCGGACAUCCAGCUCGGGCCUUCCGCCCUGCCCUCCGGUUCGAGCAUCAAAGCCGUUCUACGCGACUCGAGCGGGACCAGCAUCAAGGAGGAUGUCGUGAGCGGGACCAGCAUCAAGGAGGAUGUCGUGCGCGACAGCAGAUUGGACUGGAUAUUGGAUCAAGGAGAGAUUGCGGGAUGGUAUCCGAUAAACUACGGCAAGCAGCCGCUUUACAAGCUGGAGCUCACCGUUAUCGACAGCGACGGCAAGGAGCUGCUAUCUUCCACUACGCGAGUAGCCUUCCGCCAUGUUCGUGUCGUACAAGAGCCUCUCAUCGACCAGGAAGGGACGAGCUUCCUAUUCGAAGUUAACGGGGUCCGGGUGUUCUGCGGUGGAAGCAACUGGAUCCCGGGCGACUCAUUCCUUACCGAGAUGGAGGGUGAUCGCUACAGGCGCUGGAUGGACUUGAUGGUUGAGGGGAACCAGAACAUGCUUCGGAUUUGGGCUGGAGGGAUAUACGAGGAUGAGGCGCUGUACGACGCCUGCGACGAGCGUGGCCUCGUGAUCUGGCAAGACAUGAUGUUCGGCUGUGGUCUGCAGUAUCCUUCCUACCCCAAGAUCAACGACAACAUCAAGACCGAAGCCGAGUCGGUCGUACGGCGGCUACGAAAUCACCCCUCUGUGGUCAUCUUUGCUGGCAACAACGAAGACUACCAGGUUGCGGAAGCGGAGAAGGUGAUGGACUACUCGGACGAGUCAGGGGACUACAUGAACACGGCGUUCCCAGCCCGCCACAUCUACGAAGUCCUCCUGCCCGAGGUGGUCGGUCGGCUUUCGACCAUCUUCUAUCACCGCGGCAGUCCAUAUGGCGGGAAAGACAGUAAAGACAAGACGGUCGGGGACAUCCAUCAAUGGAACGUCUGGCAUGGUAGUCAAGAGCCUUGGGCGAAUUGGGACAAGCUGGGAGGCCGAUUCGUCUCGGAGUUUGGGAUGCAGGGCUACCCAGACAUCCGGACCGUCAAGGGAUGGGAUGAUGAUCCGGCUCAGCUGUUCCCUCAGUCUCGCGUCUCUGCGAACCACAACAAGGCGGAUGGCUUUGAACGUCGUCUCGAGCUGUACCUCAUGGAGAAUAUGCGCCACGCCUUCGACAUGCCGAGCUACAUCUACUAUACCCAGAUCAUGCAGGCCGAGUGUCUCGCUGCGGCUUAUCGACUUUGGAGGCGGGACUGGAGGGGUAAGGGGCGCGAGUACACAGCUGGAGCGCUGGUCUGGCAGCUAGAUGACUGCUGGCCGUGCGUCAGCUGGGCGAUAGUGGACUACUAUCUAAGGCCAAAACCUGCUUUCUACUCCAUCGCAAGAGAGCUAAGGCCGUACACUGUCGGCAUGACGAGAAAGGAUAUCAAGAAGAUGAAGGAUGAAAAGACUGAGGCAUUCUGUGAAAUCGAUCAAGAGCUCCAACUAUGGGGAUGCAAUUCGACCCUCUCGCCCAAAGCCGUCAAAGUCGAGCUCGUAGCGUUCGACUUGCACCAGGGCGAGACGGGCCGGUGGUCCCACUCCGUCACCCUCGACCCCAACUCGUCCACCGAGAUGAAGACUCUCCUCGUCCCAGGUCAGCCUACUCGAACAUCGCUAUCCCAGACGCCCAAACCUAUCGUCGUCCAAACCCGUCUUCUCGAUCCCGAGACCAACGAGGUCUUGGCGCGAUAUGCCAACUGGCCCGAACCCUGGAAGUUCCUCAUCUUCCCGAAAGACGUGGGGCUGAAGAUCACGGUGGACGGCGAGAAGGUCACGCUGGAGUGCCAGCGGCCGAUCAAGGGGGUCGUGCUGGACACGAAGGGGGCGGAGGGGGAGGUCAAGUGGAGCGAUCAGGGUAUAGACCUUUUCCCGGGCGAUGUGCAGGUUGUCACAGCGAAAGGGCUGGAGGGUAGGGCAGUGGUCGCUCGGUAUAUGGGAGAUGGGAGCGCCUGA